CCGGAUUUUUAUGUUUCCUAGCGGUUCGUGGUCUUUCGCUCUCUGUACCAGAAGCUUGCUCAGUUGAGUUGGACGCUUCCGUCAUCCCUUGUUUUAUUCAACAGGACGGGGAAUGGCCGAGAAUGGUUUGUCUGCAUUUGUGGUGGCAGAUAGUCCUCUGCUAAAGGGUCCGAAUACUUUGGAAAGGAGAGUGGACUCAUUCAACGGCUGGCACUAUUCUAGUGUAGUAACAGGCAGAGAUCUGGCAGAAGAUGGGUUUUUCUGUAUUGGCAAUCAACAGCUCGUCUGCUAUGGGUGCAAGUUUACUGCUUCAAUUGACCCUAACUGUGACUCAAGGAUUAACCACUGGCUUUGGUCUCCGAGCUGCUCCCUUUCCAACAAGGUAGAGAGGGAUCGUUUCUUUGCUUUAGAGAGGAAUCGUGUGCUGACAUAUCCCGAGGACUGGAAAUCCAUUUGUUGCUUAAGCCAGAGUGACCUAGCAAGAUCGGGCUUUUGUUUUGUUGGACGCGAUCGUAUUCCUGUUGUUGAUUCUGUCUGGUGCUUUUCAUGUAAUGUACGGUUAUGGAAAUGGAAGCAGCAUGAUAAGCCGUGGGAAACACACAAAGAAGGGUGUGGCCUGGCUCGGUUGUUGGAAUAUCAAGGUGAAGACGCCGUCAUGACAAGUGGAUACAGUUCAUGUGAGACCAGCAAUGGUGAAGUCAAUUACGAUGUGCCUACAAUGCCACCAGACUGAUCAAUGCUGAACAGGUGUUGUUGCAAAGUGUAGCCUUUAUAGGGAGUAAUGUAUGGGCAUAUUGUCGGGACAUAUUGACUAAUGGUUCGGUGUCAUGACAGAAAUGCAUGUUUGUAUGAGUUUUGUUUGUAUUAUUGCCAUUUCCGUAGUCUUGUUGAGACACCUUUUUAUGUUUACUUUAUUUGUAUUUUAUAUUUCCAUACUUAGGAGGAUAUUCGGUACAAGAAUGUAAUUCCACAUAGAACCAA